UUCAGAAAUCGAGAUUGAAGGUAAAUUACUUUAAAGUUAAUUUCCAAACAAAAAAAAAAAAAUUAAAAUAUUGUUUAAUUCCAAGAACAAAAACUAAUUCGCCGCUCUAAGCGCUUAUCCCAACGGAAUUCUCUCUCCGGCUUCCGGUUCAAUCGGGAUCCCAUUCAACGCCUCUAUGAAAUCUACCAAGCUCUCAAAUAUGGCGAGUUAAGCUCAAAAUGGUUAACUGAUGAUUGGUUGUCAUUAAAAUUUGAAGUUGAAUCAAUUCAAGAGACCCUAAAAUCAAAGCAUAAAGGAAAGGCGUUAUUUAUUUUAAAGAAAAUAAAUAAAAACCUUGAGAAACUGCCAAGACCUAACUACCCAAACGAGUCUACAGAACCAGCAUCUACUGAACUUGAUCAAAAUGUUGAACAAGUAAAAUCUCCUAACAUCUUAGCCGGAAUGAUGACUGAAAACCUAACUGAAUUUCCCCCUUAUCAGCCACAGAAUUUACCAGAAAAUUCAAAUGCUGGACAAACUUCUGGGCCCAGUAUUAUUCUUACACAAAAGAAUCCACUUGAUUUGACAAGGAAGAUUGUUGAAAACCAAGUUGUGUCCCAAAGAGUUUUAACUCAAGACACUUCUGAGACACCAAAGCAACAACAACAAGACCAUCCAUCCAUCUCAACAGCUCCCAAAAGAGAUGUUCCUAUAAAACAACAACAGCCAAAACCCAAAAAGACUUCGUUAAGUAUUCCUAAGGAACCAAUGAUUGAUUUAACUGAGGAACAUCCAAUUCAAAUAAAUAGAGAAAAUAUAUUCCCCCAAAUUAUAGAACAAGCCUCUAAGCCAAAGAGUCCGGUUCAUGUUUCCAAGUGGCUUAAAUUUCUUCCUACUCAACAAAGACCAAAAAUCCCUAAGAGACUAUUUAGAGAAACUUCUGCGAGUAGUGCUGCCGUCGUUGGCCCCUCAAAAGAUUCAACAUCUUUAAAAAACAGUAUCAUCAGGUUGUACAGGGAUCUACCCCCAGCUGCUACGAGUAGUUUAAACACACUCCAAAAAACCCCAACAGCAAGUUGUUCGAAAAAAUCAAAAAAUAUCCCAAAACAAAACCCCCCUCAAAUCGCUCCUCAAACAAUUCAAAAAUGCCAAAAACCCUUUCGAAACACCGAAACUAUGAUACCACGAGAACGCGACCUACCUCGGAUUCCUCCACGAAAUGCCCAAACAGAAACCAAUGAAAUUAUUUCACCGGAUUUUCUACUCGAUGAAUUCUUAGACUUAAAUGAAUCUGAUAUGAAUGAUAGUGGAACUUCGUUGACACCAUCAUUGAAAGAAGGUUUUCGGAAAAUUUUUGGCACAGAUAAAUUAAAUGAAGUCUUUGGGGGAGGUGACGAAGUUGUUUACGAAUUGACAGAAAAUCAUAUCAUUCGACUUGCGAAUGCUCUUAACAUGGAACGUGGUGACCUAAGACAAAUUAUUGAUAAUAUUUUGUCAGAUGAAAAUUAUGGAGUAAUUAUUGAAGAUGGUAAUAUACCAAGUGAUUCGUCGUCGAUUGUCGAAUGCAGUCAAAGUCCACCACAACGACUUUUUCCAAGUCAAAGGUCUCAGACAUCAGAUGGGAGAUAAUUUUGUUUUUCUUCUUAUCGCUUUUACACAUUUUUUAAAUCAAUAUAAUUUUAAACUUGAGAUAUCUUUGCCAAAAUAAAUCCGAUCUCUUUAAAAUAUAUUUCAAGCUUUAA